CAACCUCAAAAUAUGAAUGGACAUAUUCAACCACUUAUUUUUAAUGGACCUCGGCACUCUCGUGUUUACAGACCCGAACAAUUUCCUCAGCACCCUUGUAUUAACGGACCAGUUCAACUUCCACAAAUUACUGAGAUUAACAAUGUUAGUAAUGAAAAUUAUAUCCCAGCUGAGCCUAAUCCGCAGAUUCAACACCAUCAAGCCACCAUUAGAAAUUAUCAGAUUCAACCCCCAUUAACUCCUGUACAAGCCAACAUUCAAAUUAAUAACCUCCAAAGACAACUAUCAUUCGCAUCUCAAACCUCAAAUGCCUCAAAUGUAACUGUCCAGCCCUUACAAGAGUUUAAAAAUUGUAACUGUCUU